AUGGAUCAUCAGGGCGAACUCGAAGCGAAACGCAAGCACGAUGAAGACGAAUUUUCCGAAGGGAUUGAAUCGCAGGAUGUAUCUGAGGAAAUAGCGGCGGUUCCAGUCAGCAUGGAAGAGGACGACGACGAAAAAGGCGAAGAAGCGGAAGGGCUUCUCCUAGAGGAACAGAUUCUAGAGGAGAAAGAAUCAGACGAGGAUGUGUCAUAUUCGUUGGACAGCAUGACUGAGUCCGACGAGGAAGACGACGAGGAAGGCGACGAAGAAGCGGAAGAGCUUCUCCUAGAGGUUCCAGGAGAGAAGAGGGGUGGGGAAAAUAUCUCCGAUUUCUCCGAUUCUGAGGAAGAUUAG